GAUUGGGGGCGCUGGGGUAUGCGCACGCGUUUUGACAGAGGGCAGCGCUUGUGUGUCCAAAAAAAAGAGAGGAUUUUUUGGGAUCUCUUGUGCAGUGUUUUCUUUUCCCUUGACAAAGUGGUUGUGAAAAAGCAGUUUGAAUGAAAUUCUACGAGGAGAACGCUUCUUCCAAGGGCAAGGUUCAGGAUAAGUACGACGGAAUGAGCGAUGAUGAUCGUGAUAUUGACAUUGAGAGCGAUGAAGACAAUGACUCAGACGGUACCCGUCCUCAGCAGAGGAACUCUGUAAAUAGCCAAUACUGUUCUCAGGCAGAAAAAAGGGCUCACCACAAUGCACUGGAACGGAAGAGGCGAGAUCACAUCAAAGACAGCUUUACAUCGCUGCGGGAUUCCGUGCCAUCGCUUCAGGGAGAGAAGCCUGGCAAAUCUUUUCAGGCGAGUCGUGCGCAAAUACUGAAGAAGGCUGCCGAGUAUAUUCAGUUUAUGCGACGAAAGAAUCACUCUCACCACCAAGAUAUUGAGGAUCUCAAGAAGCAGAACAAUGUUCUGGAAGCACAGAUUCGGCAGCUGGAACGAGCUCGGGCCAAUGGAAAUACAUUCAAUGGCAAUGAAUCCAAUGAGAUGAACCUCAAUGUCAACAAUUCCAAAGCGGACAGCUCACGUGGCUCAGACAGCAGCUCAGAUGCUGAAGAGAGCAAUCUGAGUGCUAGGCGCACCAAGAAACUCAAAACGAGUGGAUCCUUCGCUUGAAAACCUUAAGAAAUUUCUCUCUCCGGAUCGCACACUUUUUAUUUGCGUCUCAUGUGUCCAUUUUCUUAUAAAUGGGGAGUUUUUUUUUUGGGCGGGUGUGGGCAGAGAGAGGGGGAUUGCUCUGUGCAAGCGAUGGCCUAGAAAGAGCCGCACAGGAUAAGAAGAAAAUGUUGAAGAAAAAAAAACGUACAAGGACUGAUUUCAACCAACAAAUUAAUCCCCUUUAAAAAAGAAAAACAACAAAAAAAAAGAAAAAAUGAUCUUAAUAAUCCAAGCUUCGUAUUUCAUCCUCUUUCAGUCGCGAAUCUGAAUUAAAAAUCUUUUAUUUUUUUCUUUACCAAACUCUCUGUUGAAAUUGAUUAUUUCUCACUCAACAUUGCUCCUUUAGGUUUUAAGUGUUAUUUUUUUCCUUUAAUGUAUAAAUAUUUUUUUAAAAAAAAAUGUCCCUCACUGUGAAAAAUGUUACUUUUUCGUUUUUCAAAUGAAUUUUUCUCAUUACCUGAAUAUUUUUUCACACAUAUACAAUUUUUUUUUCUUUGGCAAUUUAUACGUUGAAGAGGGUAUAUUUCGGAUUUAAUAUACAUAUUCUUUUUUUUAAUUGAAAACUAUUGUUUUUUUUUUACAGAAGAGCGUUCUCUUAAAUUUAAGAAUAAAAAUGAGAGAGUUCACGAAUGAAAAGAAAGAAAAAUGCAUUAGAUGGUAGAAGUAAUUAAAAAACAAAGUUAUUAAUUUUACGUUUUAAUGUACAUCCUAUGGAAAAUACUAAAUUCCAUUAUGUUAAUUAACAAUUUAUGAUAAAAAAUAGAAAUAUAUACUUCAAUGUAUAGAAACAUUGAUGGUAUUUUGUGUGUGAAAAAAAAUAAGAAAAUUGUCACAAAGGACUUUCAAAAGCA